CUGGCGCCUGCCAACGGCACCCCAUGAAACAAGACCCUGGCCCUUUCAACCACCGCCUUUCGGGCCACCGACCAGUGAAUGGGAAUGGGCGCGACGUUAAUCGCGGCACGAAUCAGGAACGCCGCCCUGAGAAUUGUUUCGGAGGAACGAGAAGCUAGCCGCCAGCCUCACUCGUACAAGUAUAAGGAUCGCAGGCGACUCCCACCUGGGUCAGUCUUGACGAUCAGACAAUCUGACCAUUAUCUGUCGACAUAGACAGACUCAGUCGAAAUACUUAAUAACCCCCCCCACACAAUAUCUCAAAGCCUACAAUCAUGUCCCACUACGACUCAAGACUACCCCCAGAAGGACGACCGGGCAGCAUGCCUCCCCAGCGAGCACAACUCGGCAACCCAUCAGGCGGGCCCGGGAAUUUCCCGCAGAAGUGGCACCUCUACCAGCCUGGCUGGACCCGGCAGUUCAAGAUCGGCGAGCGCCAGGACGCGCCCCUCUUCGCCGUCGUGCCGCACACGGGCUGGUUCGGCCGCCCGCGCCUGACGCUGCACGCCGGCGAGGGGAAGAAGUCCGACGUCGUCGCCGCAGUCAAGAAGCCGCCGCCGUCCCUGGGGGGCCUGGCGAACAGGCAUGGCUUCCGGAUCGUCUUCCCCGGCGAGGAGGGGAUGCCCGAGGACGUCGUCGACGUCAAGGCGUGCCUCCUCUCGGUCGGGGCGGCAGCGCUGCGCCAGCACCGUAGCUACCGGUUCACCGUCAAGGUCGGAAGCGGCUGGGAGCGUCGCGCCGAGACGUUUGAGUGGCGGUACACGCACGGCAAGACCGUCCGGGUCCUCCGCGAGGGGAGGGGCGAUGGGGGGUUGCGGAAGGCCAUGAACAGGAUUGAGGGUGGGUGGGAGCUUGUCCGGCUGGACUCGGAAGUGGACUUCAGCCAGGGUCCGUCUGGCGGGGAGGAGGUCGUCGCCGUGUGGGGGGAGGCCUCGGUCAGCCUGCACAAGAAGGCGUCCUUCGCGUUCCUGAACUCGGGCGCUACUGGCAGGCUGGGGAACCGCUUUGCCAACGUGGCUGUUAUCAGUGGCAUGGCUCUAUGGGAUGAGGAACAGCGCCAGCGCCAUCAACGUCAGGCAACUGCUGCGGCGUAGGCAUGGGUCGAUGGCGUCAACUGGUUAGAUAUGGUCUGGGAUAGCAACGGGCGGCGGGGUUGGAGUUCUGGGGGUCAAUUUGCCACAUGGAUAAAUGUAUAGAUAGAUCUGCAGGUCCAAGUCUCGGCCGAUACUCAUUCCAUUUCUUUGAUCUCGUUCUGCUGGAGGUACAGCGGCCAGACGAAACCUGCCAUGACGAAGAACUGAGUGCUGAGUCGGCGCUAAGAUAGACUUAUUCUGCUGCCAUGUUAUCAAGGCGGUGAAGAAGUUGUUACCUAUCACCUGCCCCACCAGCCC